UUGACAUUCCGACUCUGAGUUUCGUAGAGUUAACAACAAAACACAUUCAAUUCCAAUAACAUCAAUCUUUUGGAAGAACUUUCGUUUGUGUAUCUACGAUCUCUGUCAACUGAGUCGUCUCAUCAUUCAUCCUUUUGGCCAUUAUAAAUUUACCCAUUCUCUCACUCUUCACAAUGUGCUGUAAUCCUGGAGGAUGCUGCAACAUGGCCGCUUGUGUUCAAUGCACUAACUUUUGCUUCAAUUGCUGGACAGGAUCGGGUAGUACAAUGUAUUGUCGCCCAAGCUGCACACCAAGUUGCCCUCCGUACCGCGGCUGCUGUGGUGGCCCAGGUGGUUGCUGCUAAGCUUCAUCACCAAAAGGAUUCUCUUCAAUUUCCCCCGAUUAUCAAUAUUCUAUUUCGAAAAAUAAAUUAAUUGCACAGGAAA